UUAUUUCAGGAUACAGAACACGUAAAACAUGCCGGAGCUUCUUCAAAAAUCUUAUAGAGAUCAGUUGGUCACGUGGAUCGGUAAGACAUGUCACUUCCGGUUGUUGUACAAGAUCAGUAGGGACGGAUGUUCGGCCCCGACGUUUCAUCAACAGUGUGACGGGAAGGGUGCCACUGUAACAGUUUUCUACAACACAAACAAAACUAUAUAUGGUGGCUACCUGUCACAGAGCUGGAACUCUGCUGGACGUUAUAUUAACGACUCUAAGGCUUUUCUCUUUCGGCUGCAGUACAACGGGUCUUCCAAUCCAUUGAAGUUCCCCGUAAGUGAUGCUAGCAAAGCUGGGUAUGGUAACGGAGGCUAUGGCCCUACUUUUGGUAGUGGGCAUGAUAUACAGGCUUUCAGUGGGCAAAUUAAUUGUUCAGGGAAUGUGUUUUCUCUCAACGGAGGAUUAAGUUCUGGAGACAGCUACAAUCUGAACGGUCAAACUGUACACACUUUGGCAAACAACAGUUUAAAAGUCACAGACUUGGAAGUUUAUCGUGUUAUAGAAGGUCAAAAGCAAGACAGCCCUUGGAGAGAACAUUUAGAAUGGACAAAUGAGACAAUGCAAGAACUUAAGGAGACGUUACUUGACUACAAACCUAUGACGGAAGCAAACAAGUCAGCAGCAAACAUCCUUCUGAUUGGUCAGACUGGUGCGGGAAAAUCCAGCUUUUUCAAUUCUAUCAAUUCCAUUUUUCGUGGGAAAAUAAUCAAUAGAGCUGUAACCGGGAGAAGUGAGCACAGUGUGACCACAAUGUACAGACAAUACGAAGUCAAAGAUUACUCCCGAAAACAAUUUUUGAACUUACGCUUGUCUGACACUUGCGGGUUCCAGGAAGAAUCUGCCCUCAAUACACAGGAGUUUGUUUUUAUUCUGAGUGGACACCUUCCGGAUUGUUACCAGUUUAACCCCAUGGUUCCAUUUGCACCGGAUACACUUGGUUGUAUCAAUGACCCGGAUCUUAAAGACAAAAUUCACUGCGUGGCAUUCGUCAUAGAUGGCAGCACUGUUGAUGAUAUGUCGGACAAAGUCCGAAAACAGAUGAAAGAUCUUCGAGUCAGAAUGAACCACAGAGGUCUACCCCAGGUCGUUUUGUUGACCAAUAUUGACAAAAUAUGUCCUGAUGUGGAUAACGAUAUAACAAAUACCUUCACAAGUACCACUGUCUGUGAUGCUGUUAACAAAGCAGCAGAAAUAACAGGUCUCCCACGUGAUCACGUAUUACCUGUAAAAAAUUACGAAUGCGAGAGAAACCUGAAGACCGCAAUAGAUAUUUUGUUGAUGGACGCUUUAAGGCAGUGUUUAGAUCUUGCGGAUGAGUACAUGGAUGAACAGCUAUACAGAGGAUCAACCGAAAAAAGAAAACAUCUUGCAAAAGAUUAAACAGAUUUUGAUCAUGAAAAUAUAAAAUAAGAAAAAUAGGAUAAUUUUCUUUUGACAGAAAUAUUGUCAUGUACCUAGUAUUUAUUAAUCAUUAUUUUAUAACACGUUUAAAAAGUUAAUUCAAUGCAAACUAGUGUCUUGAUAAAAAGUGUUAAAACCUGAUGUAGUAGCUCUAAAUUUGUUAUCUUUGUUUUUAACCAUGUAAUUUUUUUUUUGUCCUGAAGAAGGGACUGGUUGUCCAGAAAAUUUGACAAUAUCUAUUGUUCGUGUCGUUAGCCAUUUUUAGUGCUUUAUAUAUUCAGUUUACUGGCUUCUACAUAUAUUAUAUAUAUAUAUAGAGAGAGAGAGAGAGAGAGAGAGAGAGAGAGAGAAAGAGAGAGAGAGGAAAAAAGUUUCACAAAAAUAUAUAUGGUAGAAUAUCCAUAUUGUCGACAGCACUAUUACUCCUUUUCUAUAUUCUAAAGAUGAUGUUGGCUGGCGU